AUGGGUGAUGAUUCAAUGCCGAUUUGUGUAGGCAUCAAUGGUUUUGGACCAAUCGGCCGGGCCGUUCUAUUCUCGUCCUUCACCGACCCUCUAGUGAAUGUGACCGCUAUCAAUGAUGCAUCCACGAGCGUUGACUACAUUGCUUAUGUGGUGCAGCGUGAGAGCCCUCUCUCCACAGAGGAGAGGGCCUCCGUUAUUGUGGUGGGAGACUACGUAUGCAUCCAAGGAACACACAAGAUUCGCGUCACGCAGAAGCAUGAUCUUGUAGAGAUUGGCUGGCGCGAAGCGGGUGUAAGGUACGUGGUAGAGUGCAGCGGCCUAAGCUCCACGCGAGAGCGAUGCUGGGGCCAUAUCACUGGCGGGGCAAGCGGCGUCGUCAUCGCGGGGCAAAGCGCGGACGCGCCGACUGUCAUCAUAGGCGCAAACGAGACGGAGCUAAAGAAGGCGUACCCAGUCAUUUGUGCCGGUGCCCCGAUCGCCGUGGCUCUCGCUCCUCUCAUUCGUCUUUUGCACGAGCAGUAUGGUGUGGAGGAGUGCUCCUACACAGCUAUCCACGGCAUGCGGACGGUGGAGCCCACGGCAGGGAGGUCUAAGAACACACAGGACUGGCGCCAAACGAGGGCGGCGGCCGACGCCAUCAUCCCGUACAGCCAAACCGGAAAUAAGACGUUGGAAAAGAUCUUCCCGUUUCUCGCAGAACGAAUAUCAGGAAGCGCUUUCCAGGUCCCCGUAACAAAGGGAUGCGCUGUGGACAUGCUGGUGCGGUUGGCCCAGCCUGUUUCUAAGGAGUUGCUGGAUGGCACUAUCAAGGAGGCCGCUGGAGGUCAACUCAGAGAGGUGUUGAUGUACUCGGGUGCGGACCUUAUUAGUCGUGACUGCGUACCGAACGGCAAGCUUUGCUACGAUACAACGAGCUCUCAGUGUUUGCGUGAUGGGGAAGUUCACAAACUAUUGUUGUGGUUUAACUUCGACGGCAGUUACGCAAAUCGCCUUCUUUCCCUGGUUCCAUUCCUGCAGAAAAUGAACGCCGCGGAGGAAAUGUAA